AUGGCGAGCCGCGGGAAGCGGGACCGGGAGACCCGGGCGGCCCCGCGGGGGACGGGCGGCGGCAGCGCCUCUUCCUCUUCUUCCUCCUCCUCGUCGCGGGGCUCGUCGCGCAGCCGCCAUGAAGGGGACGCGGAGCGGUCCCGCGGGAGGCGGGAGGUGGAGCGCGGGCGGCGGGAGGCGGCGGACACCGGCCUGGCGCUGCCGUUGCCGGUGGAUCCCGCUCGUAUCAAGCGGGAGCCGGGUACCGGCAGCGGGUCCUGGGAGCGUCCCGUCGCCAUAAGCGGGCCGGUGCGGGUCAAGCGGGAGCGGGAGCCUGAUGGAGACUCCGACCCGGAGCCCGAGCCCACCGUGCGCUAUGGCCGCUUCGACCCCGAGGACCAGCGGAGUCGCCACUGCCCCUACCUGGACACCAUCAACAAGAGCGUCCUGGAUUUCGACUUUGAGAAGCUCUGCUCCAUCUCCCUGUCCCACAUCAACGUCUACGCCUGCCUGGUCUGCGGGAAGUACUUCCAGGGCCGGGGGCUGCGCUCCCAUGCCUACAUCCACAGCGUGCAGUUCAGCCACCACGUGUUCCUCAACCUGCACACCCUCAAGUUCUACUGCCUGCCCGACAACUACGAGAUCAUCGACUCCUCGCUGGAGGACAUCACGUAUGUCCUCAAGCCUACCUUCACCACGCAGCAGAUUGCCAACCUGGACAAGCAGGCCAAGCUCUCCCGUGCCUAUGAUGGCACCACCUACCUGCCUGGCAUCGUGGGGCUCAACAACAUCAAAGCCAACGACUAUGCCAACGCCGUGCUGCAGGCUCUGUCCAACGUGCCUCCUCUGAGGAACUACUUCUUGGAGGAGGACAACUACAAGAGCAUCCAGAGGCCCCCUGGGGACAUCAUGUUCCUGCUGGUGCAGCGCUUCGGGGAGCUGAUGAGGAAGCUCUGGAACCCCAGAAACUUCAAGGCCCACGUCUCACCCCAUGAGAUGCUGCAAGCUGUGGUCCUCUGCAGCAAGAAGAACUUCCAGAUCACCAAACAAGGUGAUGGAGUGGAUUUUCUCUCCUGGUUCCUCAACGCGCUGCACUCAGCCCUGGGUGGCACCAAGAAGAAGAAGAAGACCAUCGUCACCGACGUCUUCCAGGGCUCCAUGCGCAUCUUCACCAAGAAGCUGCCUCACCCAGACCUGCAAAGCUAG